CGAGGAAAGGGUGAUUUUGUCGGUGCUGGGAAAAAAAUAGCAAGGAAAGGUUUCUUGUCAUGGCGCUGGGGAGGGUGGCGGUGCGACAUUGGAUUCGAAGUUGCUCUUUCCUGAAGACCCGUUUCUUUUGCGAGGCUUCAAGAAUAAAAUCUGGCGGUAGCCGUCAACUUUCUUCAGGCCAUGGAGGAAAAAGGGGAGUCGAGGCAUUUCAAAAAUCCAGAAUUUUCAGAAGAGGGUUUAUAUUCUCAGCAUUGUCCUACCUGGGAUACAACACUUAUCUAGUAAUCUCUCAGUCUGCUAUGGUUCGUGCUGAUGUGAAAAUUAAUGAAAUCCUAGAUCAAGCAGACUAUCUCUAUGGAAGUGGAGAAACUGAAAAGCUUUAUCAGUUGCUGAGUGAACACAAAAACAGUGAAAAUGCACAAGUGUUAUGGCGUCUGGCACGAGCUUUACGAGACCUUGCUCAGCUUAGUCAAACUUCAGCAGAAAAAAAGAAGCAGCUGGCUUAUGAAGCCCUUGAUUAUGCAAAGAAGGCACUUGAGAAAGACAACAAUUGUUAUUGUGUACACAAGUGGUAUGCAAUAUGCCUCAGUGAUGUGGGAGAUUAUGAAGGAGUAAAGAGCAAAAUCUCCAGUGCUUUUGUUAUUAAGGAACAUUUUCAGAAAGCAAUUGAUCUGAAUCCAAAGGAUGCUACCUCACUUCAUCUUAUGGGCAUUUGGUGUUACACAUUUGCUGAUAUGCCAUGGUAUCAGAGGAACAUAGCUGCUAUUUUAUUCUCAACACCACCCAGCUCUACCUAUGAAGAAGCAUUACAGUACUUUGAAAAGGCUGAAAAUGUUGAACCCAAUUUCUAUAGUAAAAACUUGCUGUUCUUGGGAAAGACUUACAUGAAAUUAAAUAAUAAAAAGAUGGCCCUUCUCUGGCUAACAAAAGCUAGAGAUCGGCUACCACAUACAGAGGAAGAUAAGCAGGUACAAAAAGAAGCAUUGGAAAUAUUAAAUUCUAUAUGACAUGAUUUCUCAAAAUAUCUGAACUAAUGAACUAAGAAACUAAAGAGAAAGCUAAACAGUUAUAUUGUGGUUCAAAUUGGUAUAUGAAGAAAAGAAUUUUUAGAGAAGAAUAAAUUCCAGAUUUUAUUGACAUUUCCAUCUACAUCUAUUAAUCCAUCUGUAUACAUUUUUUGUCCAGAAUGGAGAGAGAAAAAUCAGGAAACAGUUAUGAAAUUUACAAAUAUUCAGAAAUAAUAGCUUUUAAUUUUAAUCUCUACUUUUCUUGUUUAAACUGUUAUUUUAAGUCAUUUUCUGGCAUGGUUUUAGGUAGUUCAUUUGGAUAACUAUACUGUUUUUGUUUUGGAGAAUUUAGUAGGAUAGAAUAUGCUUGCUUUUAUAUGUCAAAGGAUAAUUUGUUAAGAUAUUGUUAUAAGAGUGUGGUGGCACAAUGUAUGGAGCCGGGAGUUCAAUCCUGAUAGGCUCAAGGUUGACUCAGCCUUCCAUCCUUUCAAGGUUGGUAAAAUAAGGACCCAGAUUGGGCCAACAUGCUGACUCUUUAAACCAUCUAGAAAGGGCUGUAAAGCACUAUGAAGUGCAUAUAAGUAUGAAUGCUGUUGCUAAUGCUAUUGUUUACCUUAAUAUGUAAAGAUAUUUUUAAGCACUGUAAGUGCUUAUUUUACAUUUUGACUUGCAGCCAAUAUAUGAAUAAUUGAGCUUUUUGGUUUCUGGCAAGAUUUAUUGCCUUUCACAUCUCAAUCAUAGUUCCUUAGAGGUAUAAUCUGUUUUCUGAUUUUAAACAAUACCGUUCAUUUGCAAUAAUGUUCUUUUAAAAUAAAAAAGACACCAAAAAACCCAUGAACAAAUAUAAAUAUGAGAAAGAAAAAUUCAAAAACAAUAUAGCUUUUGACUAAUAGUCUUGAAACACAAUAUUAAACUAUACAGAUAGGUAUUUCUUUCGAUUAGGUAAAGUCAUAAGCAGAGAGCAAAUGAGCUCAAGGAUUUAAAACUAGGAUGACAUAUCCUUUUAUUAUAAAAAUAAGUUCAUGCUUUACUUCAAUAUGAAGACUUCUAAAUCAUGCAAAUAACUAAUAUCUACCUAAAUAGUUAUCUUUAAUUUUUUUAAUGAAAAACCCUAGUCCUGAGAAUAAGUCAAAAAUUUUGGGUGCUGUUAAUGUAUCUGCAUCAAAUAGUGAAGUUUUUCUUAAAAAAUGAAUAUAUAUUUUUAUAGCAGAAGAGCUAACCCUAUAUAUUAAAAAGCUGAAGGUUUCACGCUCCUAUCCUCAAAGCCUCUGUGCCUAUACAUAGCUAUGUUUUUUUAUAUUGAGGUUUGAUAGUUACAUUAUAAGAAAAAAUUAUAAGGAAAAAAAAUGAGGACAGCAUGACCAUAUAGUGAUUAGAAAAAUAGCCUCUAUCUCUUUGUGGGAAUGUAAAUCAGCUAAGGCAAAUCAGUGACAUAACUUAUAUAGAAAUUGGCUUGGUUGAAAGAAUUGGAAAAAUGCUUUUUACUUUUAAGCACCUAGUUGUAAACUCUGCUAAAGAAAUAAAAAUAUAGAACUCUUCAAAUCACUAACAGCAUCUUAGAAGACAUACCAGUAGAAAAAUAUAUACAAAAAAGGCUCAGCAGUUCUUAUUAGAAGAAAUUUUUUAUCACAAGUAAAAGAAAUUGCAUUUAACACCAAUUAACUUUUCUCUAUUCUAGAAAAUACUUCGGUACAGUUUUACUUGUAUGCUAUUUAUUAGCUGAGAAAUCCUUCCUGCAAAUUCUAAAUUUAAGCUUGGAGGAGCAUCUGAUUUGUUUCAUCUUCCCCUCCCCAUUUUAGCACACAGGUUCUUGGCUAUCUCUCUCCUGCCAGAGAAAUGCGUGCAGUUACUGAAGGAAUGAAUGCUUUACCACCUAGAGAAUGAAGGGUCAGAAAAUUAUGUGAACCUUUUGAAAUGCUAUGGGUUGUUUUUUGGGGGGAGAGUAUUUGUAUAUUGGUUUUUUAUUUUUGUAAGCUGCUGAGAGUCAUUGAGAAUAAGUGGACAACCAUAUAGUUGUUUUUAUUAAAAAAAAAAUCACAUUUUUAGUCAAGUUUCAGAGUUCCAACGCUUAUUUGGAAGAUAUUGGUACAUUGUUAUUCAUAUAAAGCCUUAUUUUUUAGAAUAUUGCAAAGGGUUUCAUGAAUGCAAUACAGAAGCCAAACCAUUGAAACAUUUGCUCAUUAAAACCAGCAAGGUGCACUUUGGUUAUCUCAGGCAUCAGUUACUUUUUCUCUCUCUUAUAAAACUGCUUGGGGAAGCCAAGGCAUCUUUUUGAGCCUUUGUAUUAGAGAGAUGGAGAUAGAAAUUGAGAGUUGCACAAAAACAUACAGAUCCAAUACAUGGGAAUCUGGAUCCAUUCUAAAUUUUCCACAUAAAUUAUAAUGAGCACUAUUGAUUUUCGAAAGAGAGCAUUUAUAUCUCCUUUCUUAAAUACCGAAAUCUUUUAAGUAUAUCCUUGUUUUACAAAAAUAUAUACAAAGUAGCCAAUCUCGUGGAGCUGGAAGAGAUAUUUUUGAGAAGAUUGCUUCUGUAAGCUAUUGAAUAUUGAUACUUGGAUUUCCUAAUUGAACUUGAACGGUUUUAAUAGCUAAUUGUGAUGAAACAUUGCACAAUGCAAUCUGUCUAUCUUCCUUGGCAGACAAAAAUACUGUUUCUUUGCUAUUGGGAAAUCAUAUAAGAAAUCAUAGUGUGAUAUCUUUAACAGCCAGUGAAUCAAGGUCUGCCAAAUUGUGCAAAAAUUGGCAAAGUAAAUAAGAUAUUCUGUUAAAAAAAAAAAAUACCCUGCACUCAUGACUUGCACUUAAGUAAAUUUCAUUGCAGUCAUUGAAACCUAAACUCCAACUGGGGUUACUGUUCAUGAAAAUCGCUCAUUGAUAAACUUAGAAUACAUGCACAUUGCCUAGUCUUCCCAGCAUGGGAAAAUUGCCAUAGCACAUUUGUUCAACUCUUUGACAUAAACUUUUUUUUUUUUUGGGGGGGGGGGGGAGAGAGAAGGAAUUUUUGAAAAGUUGCUCAUUUCCUCCAAUCUUCCAGACAUAGAAAGGUAUUGCUAAAUACCUUAUUGCUUUUCUCUUCAUAGUCCAUUAAUCAAUGUUUAUGAACCUAAAUAUUUUAAUAUCUCAUGCUGUAAUUCUUAACUUCAGUAGUUUCCCUUCCCAUGGUUGGAAUUGGAUUUAAGUAUUCCAUUCAUGACUGCACAUAUGAGGAGCACAGUUCUCACAAAGUUAGAACACUGGGCAGUCAGCAGUGCUUGUGUUUGAGACCUGUUGCUGCUAUGAGGUGGGGUAAGCUCCUCUCACAUGCUUCAGCUCCUGAACCAGCAGUUCAAAAGAGGGUGACAAUGAAUAGAUUUAUGGGUACCACCUCAGUGGAUAACUUCAUGGGGACAGAAAAGGAGCCCACAACUGGAUGUCCCUAGGCAACGGUGAUGUCAUCGGCAAACCUAUGGUGCUUCUGACACAGAAAAUAUCACUGCUAUUAGCAGCAAUUAGCUAAAAGAUACAUAAUUUAAAAAAAUGAACUGAGCCAAGCCGAACAUCUCUAAUUUACCAGUAAAACAUGGAAAAAUAUAAAAUGGAAGAAAAACUACAUUUACCUUUACUUACCUAGGGCUGCCCUUGUUUAGCUCUUCUAACUUCCAAUAAAACUGGCCUUGAGUUUUAUUUUCCUCUUUGCCCCUUUUCCCAAAUAAACUUAUACAAGCAUUUCAUUUGUAUGUUUUCUCUUUGCAAAUUGUCCUCUGAAUAACAGACCAAAUAAAAAUAAGCAUACUUUG